UGCUAUUGUGAAUUGAGUGACUCAGACCAUGUUUUACAUCCUCGAGAUCUCGAAAAUCAGAAAGACAUUAUUUACAUAUCAGUACAGAGCAUGGAAUUAACAACAGAACUGGGUUUUACCAUAGCGUUUUCUAUAUUCAUGAUCUUGGCAUUGUUUGGAAACCUGUUGCUGAUAUACAUUGUCUGGAAGAAACCUGAAACGAGAGGUCUGACAAUUUUCUUGUUCGUCAAUAUGGCCGUGGCCGAUCUACUAGUUGCAGUAUUUCAGAUUCCUAUCUCCAUGGCUCAUUUUUACGCAACUGAAAUGAAUGGUGUAGCCGGUGACCUGUUCUGUAAGUUUUUUAACUACAUUUUGCAAGUGUCGAUGACAGCCUCCAUUCUCAGUUUGGUCGUGAUGGCAUUUGAUCGAUACUUCGCUGUCAUACACCCUUUGAGGCGAAAGAUCUGGUUCCGAAGAUCCAAGGUAAUUCUACCUGUCAUUUGGGUCCCAUCCUGCACUUUAAUGGCGGUAAAUUUAGUCUCUUACGAGGCUCAUUAUGGGAAGUGCCUUUAUACAGAAAAGCAUAUUUCAAGCGUUAUCCUAUUUACCUACUUACUGGUCAUCAACUAUGUCUUGCCUCUCGCCAUCAUUUCUGCCCUUUACAUCAAAAUCGCGAGGAAAAUAUGGUUCCACGAAAUUCCUGGUCAAAAAGAAAUCUCUCGAAACCUGGCAGAUGAUCAGAUUCCUAAAAGAAAAGUCCUCCGAACGCUCAUCAUCAUUGUGGUUGUUUUUGCAGUCUGUUGGUUGCCCGCCCAAGUGCUCCAAAUGGACUACGUGGUGACAGCAACAAUAAGAUGGCAUCCUGCAGUCAUCUAUUUUUCCUCUUGGCUCAGUCAGGCUAACAGUGCUAUUAAUCCCUGGCUCUACAUCCUGCUCAAUGGUAAAAUGAAUGGAGCUUUUCGCAGAAUGAUCCGAGGCCAAAGUGUGAAAAGCAGGGCAUCCAGCAGGACCAGCCAAUCGACCACGGCCGUGAGCUUACUCAAAAAUUCCUUUCUUGACAAUUCUGUAGUUUAAGGGAUCAGCGCAGCGCUCUACUGACUAAAACAAUAGAUGAUUGGGUUUAGCCUUAGGAUAUAUGUAGGUUUGCGUGAUUGAGUUUUCCUCCUAGUAAAUAGAUCCAUGCUGCAACAAGAAAGUGCCUUGAGAUUGGUAAGGUCACUAGAUCAGUCCUACAAGAAAACGUAUUUAAGAUCAUCACAUAACAAGUGUAAUGGAUCUUGAUGUUCCGCCAUAAGAUUACAGGUUUUCUUAAAUGUAUUACCCUUAAAUAGUUAGCUGCCGCCGUGAACAGAGCUCCUAAAGAUCAUAAAGCAAUGCCACGGUCAUCAGAUCUGGUCUAUGGGACACUUUGUGUACAGUACACCACAAUAAUUAGCAGCCUUGAUGUAUACACUUUCAUGAAUGUAUUUGCCCCAGAUGUGUGUUCGUUGCCUUUAUCUACCAGUUCGAAAAAAAUAUUAAAGUGAGUUUGUUAGUAGUCCUGGCAAAAUCCUUCUAUUUCUAUGAAGUAAAAAACACAAGAGAACUCACAUUUAUCUAGUAGUAGAUUGAUGGUAAAUAAUGAUAUCUGUGCUUCUCACCGGAGAAUCGCUUCAUGGUAGAAGCGAUUGCAGCUUGUGGUACGCCAUUCAAUCGUCACUUUUUGUUUUUGAAUUCGUAGUGGGAUCCAGCUGAAGUUGAUAGCUAAUCAAUUUAUGCGACAAGUUUUAAUUCAGGUAUGUAAGGCACCGAAGUACAUGUUUUGUACACUGAGUACUUUUUAUCAAAGAGGAAAAUUUAUUUCAAUCUGGGUGAUACUGGAUAAAGAAAGGGAACGGACUAAUCAUGGAAAAGAUUAGAAAAAAGAGAAAAAAAUAGAAAAGCAUAUCCUAAUCAAGAUACGUUAAGUGGUGGUGGGUGGCAAUGUAUAAAUGUAUUUGCGAAAAGAAUGUAUCUCAUUAGUUACGUUUUCCUCCAUAUUUUCUAAGUCUCCUUUCAUAAACACGGCGGUAAAACGUCUACGCACCUGCGAAUGUUGUAGAGGCUCUAUGAAGUACUUUCAGAGUCUUCAAAACCAAGUUGUCUUUGAGAUAACUACUCGAGCAAGCAAGUAGCGGCGUUCAAAAACCGUGUAAAUUAUUUGAUAAUGUUCAAAAUAAGUGUUGUGAAAAAUUGCA